AUGUCUCUUCGCUCUCCAGUAAUGGAAGAAGAAGAACGACAAGGAGGUGUAUAUAGAGAACAACAACCAAUAUUCAGAGACCUAAGGAGAUACUUCUGCCCGUACUGUGGCCUCUGUCGCUCCAAGAAGUCUCUCAUCACCUCUCACAUACUCUCUCUGCACCAGGACGAAAUGAAAGAGCAAAAAGCUGAGGGAGAUGGGGAACAGGAAAGGAAGAGAUUCAAUACGUGUGAAGAAUGUGGUGCAAGUUUCCGAAAGCCUGCUCAUUUGAAGCAGCAUAUGCAAAGCCAUUCACUUGAGAGGCCAUUUACUUGUCCAGUAGAUGACUGUCAUUCCAGCUACCGACGGAAUGACCACCUGAAUCGCCACCUUCUUCAACACCAAGGGAAGCUCUUUGAGUGUCCUGUACAGAACUGCAACCAAAGAUUUGCUUUCCAAGGUAACAUGAAGAGGCACGAGAAGGAAUUUCACAGUGGGGAGGCUGCCUCCAGUGAUGUUGAGGGUCAGAAGCAGUAUGUCUGCCCAGAAAUUGGGUGUGGAAAGGUGUUCAAAUAUGCAUCAAAAUUGAGGAAACAUGAAGAUUCUCAUGGUCAGUUGGUUUUCUUUACAUUUUUGAAGCCUAUUGUACUGUAG